UGGUCUAGCUCAUACAAGGAAAUGGGAACGUUGCCAGAUGAACACGAGUGAUGCCAUGUCACAGCUAUUUUUAGCAAGUGUGGGAAAACCGGAUCGAUGACAAGCCAUGCCUUGCCCAGCUUCAGGACUACAGUGCAUUGCAAGUUAAGAAUACCAUGGACUCUCUGCACUUCCGAGAAUAUCACAGAGGGAAAAUUGUUGCAAAAAAUGAAUCUUUUCCUGUUGUGGAUGUGUAUGUAAAUGAGGUGUUGUCAGAUGCAAUCGACAGAGGAGAGAGGAUACAGGUUUCAGACACUCUUGCCUGUAUUCACUGGGGGGAAAAUCUUGGUUCCAUAACAUCAACACUAACCCUCACACAGCCGAAAUUAGAAGAUCCUGAUCGAAUCGAUGAGGAAUUUUGUAAGGCCCUGAUUCGGGAUCCGACGCAACUACAUGCAUUCAUUCGGGAUGUACAUAAGCACCAAACUGUCAAACUUCUGACAGUGAAGAUCCACCCCAUUGCUUUUACAUUUCGUCAUUCUGAGUAUGACCUGUUCAUCAAAGAGGGAAAGGAAUUAAUGAAUGCUUUACGGUGUCUUGUUUCAAACUGCGUGCGUUCAAAACCUGAGAUCAAAACGGCCCUUAAAGUUACAAGAGAAAACAGAGACACUUGUACUUCUUUUCAUGUCGGAUUUGGAGAGCACAGAACCAGCGGUCUGCCCACCAGACAUGGUAUUACACUGGAAGGAAAUACAGGAAAGGAGAGUAGAAUGUCCACAAAAGAAAAGUUUGCCGUGAUAGAUGAAGCAAUGACCGAGCAAAAGCGUUUUAUUGAAACUCAGUUCGCCCUCCACAGGCAGCAGAAUAAUGAGAUUAUGUCGACAAUCUCUCGUGUACUACGUACACUCACAGCAGGUUCGAGCAGCGUUGAGAUCCGAGAAGUCAUAGCUGAAGAAAAGAAACUUUUGACACAAGGUCUUGAGACGAGUGAGGUACCAAGAUCAACACUCAAAGACUACCAUGAAACAGAAGAUGUUGUGCCGAGUCACACAUCGUCUUCAACUUCGGGUUCUGGCCAUCAGUUGCAUAGUAAUGAUAACAUCUCUUCAGCUGAGGAAGGGGGCCCAAGGAACCAUGUCCAAACAUCCAAGCCUGUUCGCAAGGAUGACAGACCAGAUGCAACUCAAACAUUGGAAAAUGGCCGUGGUACAGGUUCAGAUGCUACUGCACUUGCAAGGACAAAACCAGAAUCCACUUCUCAAUCUGAAACAGCCCGGUCUCCUGCGAAGCUGAGGGGUGGCGGCAAAGUAGCUGAUAGGACGGCUCUGCCGAAAGUUCAGACGGCAUAUUCCAGAAAAAAUACUCGAUUGUUUACGAGUUCAACUUCAGGCAAUGUAAUGACACUUGAUCGCUUGAAAGCAGGUCAGGACAGGCCGAAGCAUAAACCUUUUGGAAAAGGUGAAGGUCAAAAGGUAAAGACACUUGCUAAUUUGAAGGAAGAAGAGUGGAAGGAAGAGCGUGAAGGAGAAGAAGCAUUUCUGGCACAUCUGAGGGGGCUUACUGGUCACAUCGAUGGUACAGUCGAUAGGGAAGAUGUCUUGAAGAGUCUCUCCAGUGGUAAAUCCCUUGUGCAAAUUACAAAGGAAAAGAAAAGAUCUGGCGAACCGUCAAAAGAUAGAAAACGGCCAUUGUUAGAUGUUCAGAGUCUCAUUUGCGCUAACCCGGAUGACACAAGGCUGUGGAGCGGCGUGGAAGAUGUACUGGAUGAAGAAGACGACGGUUCACUGAGAGCUGAAGCUGGCCUGGACACAGUGUUUUGUCUUGACACGUCUGGUAGUAUCAGUGAACAGGCAUUUGAACAGAUGAAGAAUAUGGUCCUUGACUUCAUUGAUGGUAUUGAAGACGUAGCUGAAAAGUAUGACAUUGAGGAAAACGUUGCUUUGGUCACAUUCGGAGGAAAGGCUAAAGUACUACACCACCUUACAAAUGACUAUACAAGUCUACGGGAUGCGCUUGACAACGUAAGCCGAGGAGGUCCCUCUCCCCUUCUCCAGUCACUGGUGGUAGCCCUUGCCUGCCUUUCAAAAGGUGGCAUCUGCAGAAUGGGAUACCUUAUGGUUCCACCUAGGGUUGUGUUCAUAACUGAUGGCCUGGCAUCUGGAGAGUUACCAGAAACUGCGCGAGACACAUUCUUCACAUCUGAGAAAGAUAAACUUCGUCUCAUUGGUGCAGUUGGAGCUUUAGGAAGUGAACAGGCAAGGAUGUCUAUAGUAAAUCCAGUUAUAUGGAUACCAAUAGGUGACGCCGACAGGAGUUUUCUCGAAUCUAUGGUGAAGUUGUGCCAAGGAAAACUGAUCGAAGGUAAAGACGUGAAGACACUUUGCAACCAUCAACGACUACGGAGGAUUGCAAGUAAUGUGUUGGUGUACAUGAGAGGUCGGGAUACCGAUUCAGAAAAUGUUCAAAGUGAAAUGGAAACGAUAAUUGACGCCUUAGGUGACACUUUGACCACAUCAGAAAAGGAAGAGAUUUCAACAUUGGUCAAAAACAACAUCCACAACGUGACAGACGAUCUCGGAGCUCUUGACAGCUUUGAUAACAUGACAACAAGAGAUGACGUCCCCCCACUGGGCAGUAGAGUAGUUCGUGGGCCAGACUGGAAGUGGGGAAACCAAGACUCCGAGGGGCCGGGGACAGUCAUCAACCACGAUACUGAUGGCCCAAGUGUGUGGGUGUUAUGGGACAGUGGUCAUCGUAACGUUUACAGAUGUGGUCCAAACGAGUUCGAUGUACUGAUUGUGGAUGACCAACCGCGGACAUUUGGUGAUAGCCAUAGGGUUGAGAUAGGAGUACAAGUGGAACGAGGUCCAGACUGGCAGGACUCGUAUGGGAACCAGGAUGGCGGGGUCGGGAGUCAUGGAGCAGUCAUAAGAAGACGAGGACAAAGAAUCAUGGUGAGAUGGAACAAUGGAAAUAUGCACCAGUACAGAUUUGGGGAAAACAAUAUGUACGACGUGGCAAUGAGGGACCCUUUUGCUUGCCUGCUCGAGGGGACGUCCCCACAUUCCGCCAGGGCGAGAGAUACCAGCCACACACCUAGCCACCUCAAAAACACAGAAAAGCAGGCCCGACCAGAAACUGACAGACCGUUUGUGUGGCAGAGAAACGAUGGAAUACAUGGAUGGCAGGAUUACACGAAGGCUGAGAAUGCUAAGAUGAUGGCCGAGUACAAGAAACGGCAGAUGGGGUCAUGCCUGCUUAGCAGGAAUGGUCUAAGUUUCAGAAUAUCCUUCCGGAACAACAUUGAGAGAUCUGUAGAGGAGAACACGACCACGGAUAUACGGAAACGGUUCACCGAUUAACUUGGGAUUAUCCUGGAACGCUGAUACUUUGAGGGUUUACUGAAAUAUGUUAUCACAUCAGCAUUUGGAAUUUGAAAAAGAUGAUUGCUGUUGAAUAACAAUGGAAGUAGUUUUUGCUAUAUAUGAUAUGCGUAGAUAAUAAUAUAUUGUCUACUUUCUGUAGUUUAUGUAUAACCCCAGGAACAGUUCUUGUUUAUUUGUGUUUAUGUAGUAUGCAUUGUAGAUCACUCCAUAUGUAAAUAAAAUUCAAUGUCACUUU